GGAGACUAGUUUGUAUUCAUGCAACGUUCUGUGAAACCGUAGAAGAAGAAACGGGGCAAACAUGGCAGCGUACAUGAGAAGCGUGAUAUGCCUUGUUUCCCUGGAGCGGAAUGCUUUUCUAUCAAGGGCGGGCGGUGUUUACGUGGAAUCGAAGCGGUACGUACGCGGACUGAGGAGGAAGCCUGUCCGAGUGUUGAUGCCCGAAAACGAGACGUAUGAAGUCCUCACGCCGACCACACAGCCUCAACCAGCGGGGCGAGACGUCCACAGGCAGAAGGUGGAAAAAGUCAAGGCUACAGUGAAGCAUCCCGAAGAAGACUUUGUUAAAGCGAGGAGUAAUGUGCAUUCAACGAUCAAACAUGCUGUUAUAAAGGACCAAGUUGAUGGAGUACGCUUCGAGAGGGCUUUGCCUGGAGAUAAACGACUGGCGAGGUUAGUGAGUGUUGCUCGUUCCAGGACGUUUCGGGAGCACCAGGGUAAAAUCCUCCUGGAGGGCCGGCGUUUGAUCUGUGAAGCCCUGGACGCUGGAGCAAACCCGCAGAUGGUGUUCUUCAGUACCGUGGAUCGGCUCAGAGAGCUGCCUCUAGACAAGCUGAAAAGGGCCACGCUAGUCAAAGUCAAGUUUGAGGACAUCAAGAUCUGGUCUGACCUUGUGGCCCCACAAGGGGUGAUCGCCAUAUUUUCUCGCCCGGACCCAUCACGUUUGAACUUUGCUAAUAAAGGUCAUUCAGUGCCGCUGUCCUUGAUAUGCGACAAUAUCCGAGAUCCUGGCAACCUUGGGACCAUGUUGCGAUGUGCUGCUGCUGCUGGAUGCCAUAAUGUCCUACUCACAAAGGGUUGUGUUGACGCUUGGGAGCCUAAAGUUCUGCGUGCAGCAAUGGGCGCCCAUUUCCGCCUACCCAUCUAUCCCAGCUUGGGCUGGGACGAUAUGGAAAAACAUCUCCCUAAGCCUGUGACUGUCCAUGUGGCUGACAGCAACUGUGGCACCGACAGAAGUGGAGAAACGGAGGAUUCACAAGUUAACGUGUCUCACAAACCCUCCAAAGCAGGAGACUAUGGCUGGGUCAGCACAAAGCCCAAUCAGAACAACAUGCGCUACGAGGAAUACGAUUCUGAUUCGGACUCAGAUUGUGAGGACGGGGGACUUUCCCUUCCCAGAGUGGACUCAAAGCUGUACCAUGAGAGCUGGGCUCAGAGUCCCACUGCUCUCGUGAUAGGUGGAGAGACGCACGGUCUGAGUGUAGAAUCAGUCCAGUUGGCUGAGAAAACCGCCGGUCGCAGGCUCUUCAUUCCUGUCGCUCCUUUGGUGGACAGCUUGAAUUCAGCCAUGGCUGCCAGUAUCCUUUUAUUUGAGGGCAGGAGGCAACUGUUGAAACUAAUGCAGACACCUGGAGGGAAAUGGAAAGCUAAAGCAGAGGAGCAGCUUUCAUGAUGUUGGGCUCGUAAAAUACAAGUAUGUGACUUUGGUGUAUAUUUAUCCUUGGGACUACAAGAACUGAACUGAACUAUUUAAAUUUCAAUAAAACACUGAAUUUCAAUUAGGUAUGUGAAUUCAUGCCUCAUGUGCCUUUUUCAUGAUUUAUUUAGGGAUGCAUCCAGGAUCUAUUUUCAUUGUCAAUAAAUCAAUGCCAAUAAAUGUUUUUGUCUG